AAUUAGCAAUCAGUUAUGAGUCCGGAGAUAACUCAUGAACAAUCUAGGCACAUCUCCCUUUCCGUUCAUCAAAACUGUUACACAAAUUAAGAAGCCACAAGCUUAAUAUCCAAAGAAGUUAAACGUUGGUUCACAGACUAUUCCACCUCACUUUCGGCCCCAAGAUGAGUAAGUCAGCACACAGCCUGAACACCGAUACGCAGAGCCGGCGGUCGAUGAAAUCGCAUCCGAGCAAGUUGCAUGUUUACGAGUACGUUGCGCCGCAGGACUUGGACGUCGUGGCCAUUAUAUACAAGUACUAUCUGGAGGACUUCCGCAACUUCACGGAAGAGGAGCGCCAGGAGCGGUUGGCCGGCUUGGAUGCGCUGGACAUGCUGCGGACCAUCGAGCAGGUGCACAACGAUGUGGCCACCCUGCGCCUGGAGAACCACAUCAUGGUCGAGUUCCUCGAGAAGAACGAUCCGAAGCUGCUCUUGGGGCUGCGGCAGCGUCGCACCUCGAUUCUCCGGAAGCUGCAGGUGAAGCGCGGAUCCGCGCAGGGGAGCCACGGCGUGAGCAGCCGGCAUUCGAGCUCCAAGCGCUCCAUUCCCAUGUCGGUGAACCAGCUCGUUUCCAUCAGUGGCAUCAGCGCCCCCGAAAAGCGCCGCGGAAUGGACUAUAAACUGAAUUUCAAGGCCAAGGCCGAGAUGGCCGAGAAGAGAGCUUCCGAGGUGGAGAAGCGGGUCGCGGACAUCGAGAGGAAUGCAAUGACCGAGGUAAAACAGCUGAGGGCCAAGAUCGAAGAGCUGCGUUUUCGCAGCGAAGAAACCAUCGAGACGGAGAACAACUUCAUGCUCCACUUCCUGCGCGAUGAGAACGACGUGGCCUUCUUGGAGUCCGCCACCGAGCGGCAGAUUGAGCGCAAGCUGCGCAAGUUUACAACGAAUUGGUUCAAGAAUGCGCGAGCUCUGCUGGGAACCAUGAAGCUGACCAUUGUUUCUCUGCAAGAGACCUGCCAGCAGCAUCGAGCAGACCUGAUCACCAAAUCCGAUCUGAGCGGCAUCUUGACGGCGGUGGACUUUGAGAAGCUGAUCAUCAAGCGAACCGAGCUGGUCAAUCAGUUGGAGGAGAAAAAUAUUCACAUGGCGGGACUGAAAGGAGUCACCGGAAAAACGUCCCUGGCCAUGACUGAGGAGAAGCAGGCGAUGAUGAACCUGGAGUCCGAAAUGCGCACCGUUUUGAACAGAACCGAGGAGGUCACGCGAGCGAUCCAAAAACUGGAGAAGGAGGUGGCCGCCGUGCAAAUACACAACUCAAAGGACUACGUGACCCUGGACGAGUUGAGGGCACAGCUGCAGGAGUACGAGGCGCCGAGUGUCAGCGAGUACAUCGAGCGGAAGGAGGAGGCCCACGUCCUCGAGAAGGAAGAGAAGAUGCUGCAGCGCAAGAUCUACAUCCUGAACAUGAAGCUCAACAACGCCAUUCGCCGGCGAAACCGACUUGAGGACAAUUGACUUGUGUUCGCGAUUGUUUCUUGAACAAAUUAAAGCAUAUAUUUAAAUUUA